GAGAAAAAGCUACAGGUUGCCAAGCGCGCAGUGUGAAGAUCUUCGAAAUACGUUCCAUUCUGAUCAUCCAUGAACACCCACUCACAUACUUCCACGGAUUAACUGGACAAAGCGCGACUAUAGCUCUCAUGACUGCAAAGCCCAACACGAAUAAACGCGUCGUGGACCAGAGUAUCUUCCUGAAGCUUCGCAGUACAGAGACGUUCUGGAGGGACCACUAUAUUUGGCUGAAAGAGCAAGGAUAUCUCCUCCGACCCCGCUACUGUCCAGACUGGGUUCCUUCGUGGAAGGAUCAAUUCGAUCCUGAUUUGACGAGAUACGAAGAUAGUUAUUCUAGUCGCCGUCGCAAUAUCUUGGAUGCUACAAGGAUUUCCGAUAGCCAGAUGGUGACACUUAAAUGCAUAUCGACCCAAGUUCACCCUUUUGAGGUCGAAAUCACUCGAUUCUUCUCUACCGAACCGAUCUCAUCACACCCGCGGAAUCACUGUAUAUCCCUCCAUAGUGUUCUUAAUGUCCCUGAUGUAGAAAACACGGUUAUUCUCGUACUGCCUUUCCUGCGGGAAUACAAGAGGCCUCGCUUCAAGUCAGUCGGUGAAGCUGUAGAGUUUUUUAGGCAGAUCUUUGAGGGGCUGCAGUUUAUUCAUCAAUGCCACGUCGCACAUAGGGAUUGCAUGGAUCUCAAUAUUAUGAUGGAUCCAAAACCGAUGUUCCCUGACCUCUAUCAUCCCAUUGCUACCCGUCGUAAGAAGGAUAUAUCUGGGAGAGCAAAGUACUACACACGCACCGCCCGUCCCGUGAAGUACUACAUCAUCGACUUCGGCAUCUCUCGCAAAUACUCUCCUGAUGAUCCGAGUCCCUUGGAAGAUCCUAUCGUCGGUGGAGACAAGACGGUCCCUGAGUUUCAGAACUCGGAUGCAGCUUGCAACCCAUUUCCUACUGACAUCUAUUACCUCGGAAAUCUGAUCAGAAAAGAUUUCUUAGAGAAAACAAAAGGUGUCGAAUUCAUGGAGCCUCUUGUCGCUGACAUGGUACAAGCUGAUCCCUCCAAACGACCGACGAUUGAUGAAGUCGUUGAGCGUUUUGACAAGAUCAGUCGAUCACUACACUGGUGGACCCUACGUUCUCGCCUUGUAGAGCUGCAGGAGGGCGACUACAUUUUUGAUCCUAUCAUUAGGCCAAUUCACCAUUUCUUCCGAACUGUUGCUCAUGUUCUUACUUUUAAGAGCGCAGUUCCCACACCUCGUAUCUGAUUGUUUUUGCUGUUGCUUCAUGUAUCCACAUUUCCCGUUGCUGUCGUUCAUAUAUCCUCCCUCGUAUACAUAUCUACAUUACCGCUUUAUCUUCAUGUUUGCUUUUUAUGUACUUCGGCUCGGAUUCUUACGAGGACUUUAUGAUAUUUGGUCGCUACUAGUUGCCAGGAUAUUGUCGAGAGCGCCCAGGAGUAAUGUACCCUCCGUUGCAACAUCUGAGCAUAGCGACAUGGCAGGUUCCGCUCAGAAUAAAUCAAUGAAGGGCUCAGAAGAUGUGCACGUUCCCAGGUAUGCUUCACUCAUCCUCACCCCAAAGUCGCCGUCAAGACACUCUUGUCACAAAGGAUGGG